AUUUUGACGCCCACAAACAUCGAUCAUAGUCUGCACUAUUUAUUUUCCAGAAGUCUAUAAAGAAUAAAACAGGCCGAGGAAAGUCGGAUAUGUCGACAAGUGGCAACAGAACCUCCGGAGAAAUAAAAGGUCUCGAGGAAGAUGCAAGGUUAGAAAUGGGUGAAAUGAAUGCUAGGAAUUUAUUGACAAAUACCCCUGAGGAGAACAAAGAAAAAAAAUCUCCGUCGAGAUUCAUCUGGCUUAGAAAACGAUCUCCAAAUUCAACGGCCGACGAAAAUUCAAAACCGACCAAGAAUGCCUGCGAGCCCUCAGUAUCAACAUCAAGUGAGUCGCCGAAUAAGACGCAAACAGAGGAGGUGUUUACAGAUGUAUUUGAGAACAUUCAACUACAAUUAGAAGUUAUUAAGGGUGUAAAGGAAAAGCCAUGGACUAUGGACAGGAAAUUACAAAUUAUCAGAAACGCCAAAAACUACGUCGAACAGCAUUCAGGUGAUCUGAACAGACUGCAGCAUUUAAAGGAGUCUCGGAUAAGGCUUUUUCGACAAAUUAAAAGACAGUUCCAAAACUUCAUCGUGUUCUUCAUUCCUUGGGAAAAGAGGAUUAAAAAUAUUCAAGGACAUUUUGGGGCCGGCAUCGGUUCUUUUUUUCUUUUUUUACGUUCUUUGGCGUGGAUCAACUUCAUUUUGUUGACCUUUAUAACGAUCUUCGUUAUAGUUCCACAGCUCAUGAGUCCUUCGACAGCUCUGAGUAUUCCUGAGAGUGAGAGACACACAGCACAGCGUCUUACAGCAGUUCUUGAUGCCAAGGGAUAUCUGGAAUAUUCCUUUUUGUUUUACGGCUAUUAUGGAAAUGAGAACAUCCAGGUGGGCGUGGUCGAGUAUCCCUUGCCGGUGGCCUACUUCGCGGUUUUCAUGGUCAUUUAUCUCUUCAGUAUCAUUACUGUGCUCCGAGCUAUCACUCACGAACAGAGUCUAGUGAAGUCUUCAGGUCAAAAUGAUCAAUAUCCAUUCGGCUGGCGUGUGUUUUCAGCUUGGGAUUUUCUUAUCACAGAGCGAGAGACUGCGGAUAAUAAAUUAGCCUCCCUUACUACUGCUAUUAAAGAACAAAUGGUUGAGGCAGUGGAAAAAGGGAAAACGAUAAAUAAGAAAACCCUCAUCGCCCUCCGUGUAUGUGCAAAUGUGCUGGUUCUGGGCGUUUUAAGCGCAAGUGCGUACUUGAUAUACUUGGUGGUUAAGCGUUCAGAUGAAAGAGACAAGGAAGGAAGACCACCCACUGUGUUAGAGCAGUAUGAGAUCUCUCUCGCAAUUACCGGCAUGAAUGCUGUGUGUCCAGUAUUCUUCAAAUUGAUUUCCAUGAUGGAGCAGUAUCAUCCAAGAGUCGCUCUCUACUGGGAGCUAACAAGAAUAAUGUUCAUGUAUCUUGGAAAUAUGUACGUACUGGUCAUAUCACUCCUUAACAAAAUAAAUCAGUCAAAAGUAACUGCCUUGGACGUCUCAUCAACAAGUGAUGUGAUAAACUCGACUGUUAUUCCUGUUACCACAGUCACAAAAAACACCACAGAUGGCUCACUGUGUUGGGAAACCACAGUUGGUCAGGAGCUGUUUAAAUUAACAAUUAUUGACCUAGUAGCCCUGGUGUUUAGUGUGUUGACCGGUGACUUGUGCGUAUCCCUCACCGUCAGAUUUCUUAACUGUUUUCAAGGCCGACUCUUGGAUCUUGAAAAAAUCUUAGGUUAUCCCGAGUUCAAACUUGCGGAAAAUGUAUUGCAGCUUAUUAACAGCCAGGGACUCAUCUGGAUGGGUCUCGUGUUCUCUCCAGGGCUCAUUAUGCUAAACAUCCUGAAGCUAGUUAUUAUCAUGUACCUUAGGAGCUGGGCAGUGAUGGUCACUAAUGUCCCUCCCAAGAGAAUUUUCAAGGCCUCUCACCGGUUCUAUUUGGUUCUCCUUCUCGUUAUGUUGUUUCUGUGUAUGCUGGCUGUAGGAUAUGCUGCUGUGGAGAUAGAACCUUCAAAAUGGUGCGGCCCUUUCAGGGGCAAACCCACCAUGUACCGGGUACUUACAGAAUCCAUCGACAAUGGCCCCGCUCUGCUAGACACUAUAGUUGACUAUCUGAGUGGCCCGAGUGUCGUUAUCCCAGUGUUCAUAUUGAUGUCGAUUGCCAUCUACUACUAUAGGUCGGAAGCAAAUUACUUGAGGAGAUCCAAUCGUGAGCUUGGGUUGCAGUUACAAUACGAGAGGGCAGAGGACAGAAAGAAAACAUUCAAACGUGCUUCUGAACGCUACAGUAAUAAUUCUGACGACGACAAGGUCCCUUCUCUUCCAAGUGGCCAAACGCGUCAUUCAAAAACAAAAAGUAGAAACAAAUCUCGUCAGAUUUCUGAUAACGGAACAAAUGAUAUUAAGGAGCAUGAGCCUCCUCGAACAGUGGCGAAGAAAUCGUCCCAGAUGAAACAAUUGCGGCCGCGCGAAGAUAUGAUCCCUAUUGUCACAUACGAUGGAGUUAUGGAGGAGACUAGUACCGAAAGUGUCUUAAAUAGUACCCAGGACCACCGGCAGGUAAAAGUGAUAAUUCACCGGACGAGUAGUUCCAGUUCAUCAACUGUCUCAAGUGUUAGAUCCGUUGAUCAGCGGAUCACAAUUCCAAAGAAGAAACACUUGCGGUCACGUGAUCACGUUCAUGAGAGUCAAAGAUGUCAGAAUAACAUCGAAAACACCGAAAGUGAAAUACAAAAUACUGAGAAGAAUAGUAGUGGCUCUUCUAUUCAGGAAAGCUCACAUUGUGAAGAAUCAAUAGCGCUAAAAGUUACAGAUGAGGUGAAGAACAAUAAUGAGGGCUGCAAAACUGGCCAACAGACUAUUUUAGAAGGUGGUUCAUUGGCAGCCAUGUUUGAUUCUUAGAUACAAAUUUUGUAAAUACAUAUCAUACUUAAAAUUGUAGUCAGUUCAAACCAGCUUGUUUUUUGUGUUUCGCUUCAUCCACACAAGUAAACUAUCCAGUAAACAGAGAAGAAUUAUAUUUAUUGAUUGCGCAGAGGACGUCAGGACCUCGAUUUCCAUUCCGGUUUCAACGUCUGAAAAAUCGAAUUAAAUCAAUACACAUGCUGGGUAAUGAUAAUACUCUGAUAUUAGUGUUAUCCAUAACGUUCGAGUAAGUUACUUAACCUGCUGUAAAUAAAUGCGAAUAAAAUUUUUCAUGAAUGAAAA